AUGAUGGACGAGCUAAUCCUCAUUUAUGAAACUUUUAUGGAUUACAACAAAUCAAAUGAAAUAGUCAAAACCCCAACUUCACAAAAAAUAUCCCAAAAAUUUUCUCUUCCCAAAUCGAAACUUUUCAAAAUGUCCGCCGCAAGAUCCUUCCUCCGCUCCGGUGCCGGCCGAGCCGCCGCUGCGUCGUUUCGAUCGAUAAAACCUAUGCCUUCUUCUGCGCGGUCUUCGUUUAAGAUGCCGAAACAGAGCCCUCUCUCUCACCGCAUUUUCAGAUCUCCGGUAGAAUUGAGCUGCUGCGUCGAGACGAUGCUUCCGUACCACACGGUCACUGCUUCUGCCUUGCUCAAUUCCAUGCUUUCAGUUUCACCGCGAUCCGUUUGGACACUCGGAGAUUGCAACGAUGAUGCAUGA